AUGAGCGACUAUGACUUUGUAAUUAAGUUCAAGAAGUCUAUGGACAAAGACAGCCAAAGCGCUUUAUGCAAAUCUUUAGAGUUUAGCGGAUUUGAAGUAAAGGUUUUCCCUGAAAAUCAGACUGAAUAGGACUUCUGUAAGGAUGAAAAAAUGCUUUUUGUUAAGUACAGAGAUUAUACAUAUCUUUUGAAGAAAGCAGAUGAACUUAAGCUAUAAAAACGCAUGCUAGACCAAUAUUUGGAGGAGGAAUAUUCUAACAAAGAUUCUUCCGUUGAGAAAAAAAAAGCUACAAGCUCUAAAGAGUAAUAUGCUAAACUCGUUUAAGAAGAAGAAUUUCGUAAUAAAAAAAUUUAAAAAUUCAUUGACAUUAGAGUUGAAUUGCCAGAUUUAGUUAAGAGAAUGGAAAAAUAUAGGAGAUUCAGGUAUAACAUCAAGCAUAAAUUCUGUAAACAGGAAACAGAUAGUGAAAUAUUUAACAUAUUUACUCCCAGUGAGUAGCUUAUGAUAAAGCAGUCUAUUAUAAUGAAUAUUGUUUACAACCAAGAGAAUUUAAUAGAAAGCUACAGAGAGAAAGGACUGAUUCACAAUCCUAUUCCACUUCAUCAAAAAAGCUAAAAGCCUGAAAAAAUGACUGUGAGUGACAUUAGAAGCUACUUUGGAGAUAAUAUUUCAAUUUAUUUCGCAUUUGUUGAGUUCUUCUAAAAGUAACUACUUCCAUUAGUUGGUAUAGGUAUAUUAAUAGGUAUUCUAAAUAACUUCUUUGACUAUGACUCGAAAACUUCUCCUUUUGAUUCAAUUUACUCUGCCAUAGUCAUUCUAUGGGGAUCUUUCUUUUUUGCUACUUGGAAAAAACAUGAGAGGUAAAUUAAAGUUCAGAGUUGCUCUUAAAGCCAAAAACAACUUAAAAAGACUCAAAAAAUGCUAGUUUCACAAGAAGAAGCUUCUUUGUUUAUCCCUAAAAUCGAUUACGUUACAGGCUAAAAAGAUUUACACUUCCCUUUUAAAAGAAGAUUAGUGAGAUAUAUAGUUGGUGGAAUUAAAUUACUCCCUUUUAUUACUGCUGCCAUUCUCUUUUUGAUUGUUUCUCUUAACAUCAGAGGAUAUGUAGAUCCUGAUCAUGAGUUCUUGUUUAUUAAAGUUUUAUAUGAUUAAAGUUAAGCAGGUGGAUUUUUCGAUAAAAGUGUAGGCUGGAGAAAACUUCUAGCAACUAUUCUACACGUGAAUAUUUUCUAAAAGUUAAAUGGAUUCUACAGAGCUGUAGCUGAAGAGACUUGCAAAAAAGAGCUUCAUUCUACUCAUGUUAAGAAAAAUAACUCUUUAGUUUUGAAACGUUUCUUAUUUGAAAUGUUAUACACUUUCACUGAUUUGUCUUAUAUUGCCUUUGUUCGUUUUGAUAUUGAAGCUUUAAAAAGAGAAUUAAUUGCAAUUUAUUCAGCUGAUGAAAUAAGAAGAGUUGUUACAGAGUCAGUUAUUCCAUACUUUACAAAACUAAAAUACCGUAAGUAGCAAGAAGCAUAAUAAUAGAGAUUAGCCAAAAAAACAGAUGAGCAAGAAAUGCAGUUACAGUACUUUAAAGAUGUAAUGCUUGAGUUAUAACUUCCAAAGUACGAGCCCUUUGAUGAUUAUUUAGAGAUUGUAAUUAAUUUUGGAUAUAUCACUUUGUUUGCAGCUGCUUUCCCAUUCGCUCCAUUACUUGUUUACAUUUUUAAUGCUAUUGAAUUAUACUCAGACAAGCAUAAGAUUUAUUACCUAUAUCAAAGACCUCAUGCUUUCAAGAUUUCAGGAAUUGGAAUUUGGAAUUAAAUUUUGAGUUUCAUCAGCAUCUUCUGUGUUCUUACUAACAUCAUUCUUUUUUCUUUUAGCAGCGAUUAAAUUACUAGAUUUUUCCCUUCUCUCUUCUUUGAGCAAACUCAUUCAGAAGAAUAAGUGCUUUUCAUGGCUCCUCCUCCUUUAGAAGGCUAAGGAAGAUACUUAGUUUUCGUAGUAUUUGUUAUAGAGCAUCUCUUAUUUAUUUCAAUCUAUCUUCUUAGAAAAUUCAUUUUAACAAGAUCUGAUUGGACUAUGAUUUAUCAAUAGAGAAAAGAAUAUUACAAAAAGAUUAGAUAUAUUCCUUAACAAGAAAAUUGA